AGUUCAGCUCUAUAAUAAAUAAUGAGUGAGCGACAGAGAUUCGCGAAUCUGCUGAGGAACUGUUCGAAGAAUUUGUUACUUGAGCAGGGAUUGCAAGGUCAUGGGGCUGUAGUAAAAGUGGGGCUUGGGCUUGAUUUGAUGUUAAACAAUGAUCUUAUAGAUAUGUAUGGAAAAUGUGGCAGAAUAGACCUCGCUUGUGCUGUGUUCGAUAGAAUGCUUGAAAGAAAUGUUGUUUCUUGGACAUCUCUAAUGUGUGGCUACUUACAAAAUGGUAAUGCCAACGGGUCGCUAUCACUCUUUCGCAAAAUGGGGUCUUCGGGCAUUAAGCCAAAUGAGUUCACAUUUUCAACCAAUCUUAAAGCAUCAUGGAUUUUGGGAAUCCCAGAAAAUGGAAUGCAGAUCCAUAGUGUUUGUGCUAAAACUGGGUUUGAAUGGGUGCCUGCAGUGGCCAAUUCUAUCAUUGACAUGUACUCUAGAUGUGGAAGAAUUAGUGAGGCGGCUCAAAUGUUUGACAGCAUGCCGGUUAGGAAUCUCAUCACUUGGAAUGCGAUGAUAGCUGGAUACGCACUUGAGCGAAAUGGUGAUAGAGCUCUACUUUUGUUUCAGAAAAUGCAAGAACAGGGGGAAAUCCCUGAUGAAUUCACAUAUACGAGUACAUUAAAGGCUUGUAGCAGCCUCGGAGCAAUGCAGGAAGGAGCCCAAAUUCAUGCUUCGUUGAUUACAAGAGGAUUCCCAUUUUCGGUUCAGACCACUAUUGCAGGUGCCCUAGUUGAUCUGUAUGUCAAAUGCAGGGACUUGAUUAAAGCUCGGAGAGUAUUUGAUCAAAUUGAAGAGAAGAAUGUGAUAUCCUGGAGUGCACUAAUUCUUGGUUAUGCUCAAGAAGGCGAUUUACUGGAGGCCAUGGACUUGUUUAGGCAUCUCAGGCAGAAUAAACAUCAAGUAGAUGGAUUUGUUCUUUCAAGCCUGAUGGGUGUCUUUGCUGAUUUUGCACUUGUAGAGCAAGGCAAGCAAAUACAUGCCUACACCAUCAAAGUCCCAUCUGGACUAGACAUGUCAGUGGCCAAUUCAAUGGUUGAUAUGUAUCUCAAGUGUGGGUUGACAGAUGAGGCAGAACAACUUUUCGGUGAAAUCCCGGUGAGAAAUGUUGUUUCUUGGACAGUUAUGAUCACUGGCUAUGGAAAGCAUGGUCUGGGAAAAAAAGCAAUGCAUCUUUUCAACAAAAUGCAAUCGGAUGAUAUUGAGCCCGAUGGUGUGACUUAUUUGGCCAUGCUCUCAGCCUGCAGCCAUUCUGGACUCAUCGAAGAAAGUCAUGAAUACUUCUCAAGAUUGUGUAGUGACCCAAGAGUUAAACCAAGAGUAGAGCACUAUGCUUGCAUGGUUGAUCUCCUUGGCCGAGCCGGGCGCUUAAAAGAAGCUAGGAAUCUCAUUGAGAGCAUGCCGCUAAAACCCAAUGUGGGGAUUUGGCAGACACUGAUUAGUGCUUGUAGAGUACAUGGGGACCUCGAAAUGGGGAGGGAAGUAGGAGAGAUACUUUUGAGAUUAGAUGGCGACAAUCCGGUCAACUAUGUGAUGAUGUCAAAUAUUUUUGCUGAGGCAGGUUAUUGGAAAGACUGUGAGAGAAUAAGAGAAACGGUGAAGAAGAAGAGGUUAAAGAAAGAGGCAGGACGUAGUUGGGUGGAGAUUGACAAGGAGGUCCACUUUUUCUACAAUGGAGAGGACACACACCCACUUACAGAGAAAAUCCAUGAAGUGUUGAAGGAAAUGGAGAAGAGGAUCAAAGAAGAGGUGGGUUAUGUUCAUAGGGUGAAGUUUGCGCUGCAUGAUGUGGAAGAGGAGUCAAAGGAGGAGAGCUUGAGAGUUCAUAGUGAGAAGUUGGCAAUUGGUUUGGCAUUGGUUUGUGGUGGAUUGGAAAAUGGAGAAAAGAGGGUGAUUAGGAUUUUCAAGAACUUGAGAGUUUGUGGGGAUUGUCAUGCGUUCAUCAAAGGUUUGUCAAAAGUUUUGAAGGUGGUAUUGGUAGUGAGAGAUGCAAAUAGGUUUCACAAGUUUGAAGAUGGCUUGUGUUCUUGUGGGGAUUAUUGGUGAUAUAUUCUUUUCGAUGCUGCGGAUUCUUUUCUUGAAGGAAAUGGCUUGUGUGCCCUCACCAUUUGUGUUGCUCAAGAAUUAGAAAAUCACACACUUUUGGUCAACCAGAUACUGUCCUUUUGCUGGAAACAAGGCCAUAUAACAGUUUUAGAAAUAAUAUACCUUCUCU